UGAUUAUACGCUAAUUGUCGGGAAUUAACAAAAAUACAAACACACACAGAGACAUAUUAAGUGGAUUAUUAUUGAUCUUGUAAUGAAAUAAAAAGUGGGACUCAAUAGCACCUGCCACCAUCGAACUAACUACCAAGUGAUCCAGCAAAAUUUAUCGAAAGACAUACACGCGCACACACACAUGGACAAUUACAAGAAGAUCACCUCCAGCAGCAGCAGUAUUUUAUCAUUUUUCUAUCUGCGUUUUUAGCAUCUCCAACACCUUGUCAUUGUUAUUGGAAUUGGAAUUAUUGCCAUUGUUAAUUAGUAGUGAAUUCGGUUUCAAUCUUUUUCACAUUGAACAAAUGUCAAAUCAAAAAUUAAAGUGCAAUUGAAAACACAAACAAUAACAACACAACACAAAACAUAAAUAAGUUAAUAGUUUUGUAUUUUAUUUCAAUCAUUCAUUCGUUAAGCGAAUACCGCCGCAUCCACAACAAGAAACUAUUUCGAAAAUGUUGUCUUAUCUUUUUAAACUGUUGGCGAUCAUCACUUUAUUGGCAGCAGCAGCAUCAACGACACGUGGCGCCGCUGUGGAACACAAUCCCAAAAAACGACAAAUCUAUCGUGAGCAGGUUUUACCACAUGCCGGUGGCAGGAUACCCGAUACAGCAUUCGAGACAGAUCGACUAUUUCUGAAUCAGUUACAAAAGGAUGGCAUUGCAGUACCGGAUGGCAUACUACCAGAACAGCGUAAUCCUCAAGUCUAUCCCUUCUUCAAUCGUCCCUCGCGCAAAGUAUUUCGCAUUGCCCUGAGCUCGGACGGCCGGUAUAUACCGCAGGAAGGACGUUAUCAUUAUCAAGAAUUACCAUCGAUUGAGACCACCUAUUUGUAUCCACAAAUACAUGGACAAAAGACGACAUUGUCACACGACGGUGUAACUCUGCCCGUCUACAGUCCGUUUCGCAUUCACAAUCCACUACUGAAUCAAGUGAAAUUCCAACCCAAGGAUAAAUCCCAAUUUCAAAAUGUCUCACCGUUCGGUGGCAACAAGCCCCUGGCUAAGGCCAAAUCCUAUCAAAAUGUGAACAUUUUGAAUUCACCAUUAACGCCGUUGGCUGGAGCAAAGGUAUCGCUGGUACAACAACAGGGUGUCAGCGGUGGAGGACCUAAAAAUUAUUUACCCGAUUAUACGUUGACCAGUCAGAGUCAUCUAUUCAAUGAUUUUGAUGAAUUAUUUAAUCAAUUCGAUGUAAAUGACGGUAAUGCCAAGAAAUCUCAAUCAUAUUCCAGGAUCAACACCAAUGGACAACAGCGACAGCAUCAUCAUGUCUUAACGUAUUUUCGUUGGUGGUUUGUGGCCAAUCAGUUGAAGUUUUCAAGUCUAACGGAAAAGAAGUUAAACAAAAGUGGACGCAAGGAGGAAAGCCAUAUAUUGAACCCCCUAAAUUUCCAAAUUAGAAAAAAGGUCUCUCGUCGUUUCAAGAUGCAGUCUCAACGUUUUCUUGCCACAAUUUGUCUGUGUUUAGUCUCGGCCUAUGCUGUCUAUGCCAUUCAAGUUCAGACCUAUGGACAUCUUUUCCACCCGCCAGCCGCCGAAGCACCCCAUCAUAAGGAGGAAAAACAAGAUUUAAAUAAAAUACCCGGUGUGCCAGGUGUCGACUAUCCGGUUUAUCAUGAAGUGCCUCACACCUCGUUCUCUUGUGCCCAUGUCCCGGCCGUGCCUGGCAUGUAUGCCAAUGUGGAGACCGGCUGCCAAGCCUAUCACGUCUGUCACGAUGGCCGUGAAGGAGAUCAGGGAGCAUCGUUCUUGUGUACAAAUGGUACUAUUUUCAAUCAAAAAGAAUUCGCCUGUGACUGGUGGUACAAUGUCAAGUGCGAGGAGGCUGUCAACUACUAUCAAUUGAAUGCUGAUCCAGAACACAAUCCUUAUACACCUAAGAAGAAAAUCAUUGAAGAGGAACAUUUGGCCCCCGUCCAUCCCCAACAUGGUCAAGGUUUUCUUAUCCACGCCUAAAUCUCUCGUUUUUAUGAAGAUUUUAAAUAUUCUUCUCGUCGUCUUUACAUUGUUGUUUUUUCGGUUUACCACAUCAUUGUUAAAAUCAAUUCAU